AUGUCUAUUCGAAAGCAGAACAAGGUCAACUACUUUAGAUUAAAGUGGUCUGAACAAAAGGAGACCUUUAAGCUUCACGAUCAACACUCGACACAUCAUGCCAAACCAUUGUCAUCACAACCAGUCGAGGAGAACCUGACACUGACUGUGUUUGUUCAAUUGUUGGUGUCGAAGCGACCAGGUGACAAUGACAAGGGUUUGCGAUCAAUGAGCAAAUUGAUCAGAGACGAGAAGGAGAAUCCAGACAAUGUCAGUUGUCCAACAAACUUUCAGAAUCCAGUACUGGCGCCACUAUUCCAAUAUCUAAAGCAGUCGCCUCAGUGUAUCGAGUUGUUCAACUUGUGGGCAUUGUACACUGAUAAGCCCGACCUCUAUGUCGAUGUCUUUAGUCAUCUGCUAGAAUUGAUUGCAAUGGUCAUCGUGAUCAAUGAUGACCCGACACUGGCACGAGUCAACAAACAUAUUACCGAGACCAUAACAGAGAAGAAUCUGGCCAGUCUAGUGUCGACCGUCAUGGCCUACGAGACCAAUGGCAACAUAUCCCUGUCGAUCAACACAUUCCGUGUGCUGUCAGCACUCGUACAGUACUCUGUUAGGUUGGCCAAACUCAUCCAGUCCAAGUUCCCAUUCAAUGCGCCGGCCUUUGAACAGUCAUUGAGUGACAUGUCGGCAUUGGGUGCCUACCACGGCACAAGACCAUUCGUCAUCCGUUUCAUCUUGGCAUUCUUUAAGCAUCAGAACUACAAGUUGACAACAUCCAUCGUGGCCAGCCGCAACAUAUUGAAUCUAAUAUUCAACAAACUCAACUAUGACCAUCAUUAUGUCGUGUUGGACGUGAUUGAGGCAAUGGACAAGCAUGUACUCAAGCCCAACUUGAUGUCAAGACAUGACCGACUUAAACUGUUCACUGGACAGUUCCUCACAAGAGUGACCAUCGCCUUUGCCAAAGAGGACAUGCCAGAUGAUGUACGCGAUGCCAUCGCCACAUUCCUCACCAUCCUCUGCACGUCGUCCACACAUGGCAUGGCCCCAUCGGACCCCCGCUGGCAUUGGUUCCGCGACGACCAGGACGUUUGCAACGAGUCAACAUUGAUAUUCAACGUGCUGUCAAGUCUUGAGCCACACAAGUUCCAACAACAUCAUGCACUGUUCAUCAAGAUCAUCAACUCGUGUCCAGACCUGUUCUUUAAAUUUGACCUGGUGCACCCAUCACUCAACAUGCUCUGGUUCAACAGGAGUGCGAUGUUUGUCAAGAUCCUGAUGACCACUGUUCCGCGCCAGCCACGCAGUGGCACGUUGCUACUUGGUGGCAUCCCGUCGUCGCCGCUCACACUCAUCUCGAUGCUCAUCCCGCCACACAUGUCCAACUUCAACUUUGGUUUCGAUCUCUCGCCAUUCGUCACGUACAAUCAAUCAUUGAUCUAUCUACUAUGUCUACGUCGUGUCAACUCUGUUAUUGCAGAGAUGACUCAAAUGGCCGACUCAACGACGACGACCACAGCAACAGAGUCCUACACUGGCGCAGAGUUGGAAUCAUUCAUUGGAGACCUCAAGCAGGGUAUCAAAGAGCGUAUGUUGCCAUUGUUAUACUUUAAGGACAAUGCCAAGCAGUUCAAGGUUACACCAUUGGUCUAUGCACAGUACAUCUCGAUAUUGGCCGAGUACACCAAGUUCUUUGGAGUCAACGAGUUCCUUCCCAUUCGUCUCUUUGAUCUUGACAUGAUCCAACAAUCCGAUGCCCUCGUCCAAAAGCAUUUCAUCCACAUCCUCUCCACAUCCAAGACCUUCCAACGUCCAUCCCAGAUAUUCACCAAUCUAACAGAGAACAAUGAGUCAAUAUUCACAUUGGUACUCAGAUUAUAUUUGAGAUGUAGACAGAGUGCGUUGAGAUCAAUGUACCAUCAGUUGUUGUACAAGUUGUUGUCGAUCAAUAACUUCUUUGCUGGCGUGGAUCAUGAGAUUGAUUGUUGGAUUGAGAAUGUGGACUGCGCACAAUCAUUGCCAUUCUUUGUCAAUGUAUUGCACGAGAUCAACAACAACAAGUUCAACUAUUUAGAUAUAUGCCAACGUGUUGCACAUUGUCUAAAUGGUGGUGGAUCAAACGACUCUUUGGUAUCACCAGUAUUGAUGGCUGCUAUAUCAUUGUACCUGUCCAUGUCAACGAUUGAUGAUCAGGUAUCAUCAUACCUGGCCAAGGUCUUGGUGUCUAUUGGAUCAAACUCGAGCAGUGCACAGACAAUCAUGGCGUUGAUUCAUCUCCUCCAUCAAAAGAAGACCAUUGGAUCAGAGUUCUCGGUACUCGACACGCUGAGACAGUCGCCCACCAAGGCCCAGUUGUUGAAGCAACCAAAGGACUUCAAACUUGGCAACACAAUUAUGGACAACGUAUACCAAUUCCUCGUUAUCCAGGCGAGAGAUGGCGACCAACAUAUCACCCAGGACGAUAAAUCAGUGAUCAAUCAAUCUGGCAUCUUGGUGGACAAUGUCAAUGUGCAAUGGAAGCAUUUGAGCGAGAAGGACACAAUCAACAUACUCAAACAUACACCAAUCAUUCAGAUACUCUCACAUCUGUCAGUGUCGAGCACAAAGGAUGUUGGAGCAUUGUUUGAUAGAUGUGCCGCACGAAUGAUCAUUGCCAACAAUAUUGAGCAACUUCCACCUCGUCGCAUGGUCUCGAUCAUACCAUUGAUGACACAACUGGUAGCUCAACAUAUUGGAUCAGAGACGAUAUCUCAGUUCCACUUUGAUCUGAUAUCAAUCAUGUUUGAUACAUUGAUCUCGACCAAGUCUGCCAAGGCCAUCAAGCUUGCCGACGACCUACUUCAGAGCGCUGUCAUUAGCAAGAGAUGGGCGUCGGCGCCCGUCACCCAGCUGCUCAUGCAGUUGCUGAUGAGCAAUGACGAGCACUGCUUCAACGUUGCAAGACAGCCAGCCAGCGCCAUCAUCACACAGUUUAUCCAAGAUCUAAAGUCGUCCAAGCACACCGAAGUCGUGCCCGACUCUUUCAAGGCCAUUCAAUCAAUCAUACCAUUCGUGGACUUUGAGACCUGUCUUGACAUCAUGCUCCAUGUGUCGGCCAGCACUCAGAAGUCGCCACAGCUUCACAAACUCUUUGUCCUCAUGCUGCACACCCUGUCCCAGUUCAGUGACUUUAGGUCGUGCCAGCCAUUGGUCGAGACAUUGUCACGCUAUCAACUUGAUGUCGUCAUCCCAGAACAGUUACUGAUGUUGACCAACAACACUCAAUCCAGUCAGCACAGAGUGCACUCGACAACUUACAACAAUGAUCAAUCAGUGGCAACACAAAGAGUUGGACUGUACAAGUUAUUGCGAGAUACUAUGAAGAUCAACGUUGAUGCUAUUGUUGGUGCUGCCACUCUUGACAAUGCCAUACUACAUCUACUACUGUCAUCUUUGGCCAAUCCAUCAGUGUACCAUCAUGCCACACUUGUUAGCAUCAUGUGCGAGAACAACUUUGCCAGUCUCACCGCAGCACUCACUCAACGACCAACCGACGCGAGAUUGAUGAUGGCAUCCAUCGUCCUGCUAAAUCUUGAUACAGUGCAAGCUCAAAGAUUGAUCGAACACAUUGCCGAACAACAACAAACACUCAAGGCCAUGCUCUCCAGCAACAGCAAACAGUGCUCAACUACCAACAUCAUAUCUUCACUCUAUUGUCUGUUUAGACAGUUCAUGAACAGUCCAUGUGCUGGCAUGACAGAGUCGAUCAAGGUCAUUGCCAAGUCAAUAAGUGUAGACUUGUUUGAUUUGUACAAAAGACAUGACAUCCUGGCCUCAUCAUCAUCGACGACGACGCACAGCAACAGCAAACAGUUUAUCCGAAUGGCCAUCCAACUUGUUCAGUUCCUCUUUAAGCAACUGGAUCAUCAAUCGAUUGAUGUUGGAUCACUGUCCUCCCCUCUUCAGAUUGUGUUGACCCCCCAGAUAGACUCUCGAGUUGGUCAAGCAGCCAAGCUCUACAUCAACAACCUCAAGCAAUGUCUCAAGGACAUAGAAUCGCCACUAGUCGACACUCUCUACACAGAGCUGUUUCCAACGUAUUCUCCACACAUUUCAAACGGUGACUGUCUGGACAUUGUAAAGUUGUCACUAAAGACACCAGACACUACCAACCUCGCACUAUUGGUCAAGAUGAUGGAGCUCAGAUCCAAGGAUGAUGUCAAGGACAUUGGUAACCUCAUCCACUCAACACUCCUUGGUACUGGUAGUAAGAUGACCGUCCAUGUCUGGAGCGUACUGAAGGACUCUGCCAAGAGGGACUCAAUCAAACGGUACCUGAUGGUGAGAAUACUCUACAAGGUCUACUUGAUGAACACUGAUCUUUGCGACAAUGGACAACAUUUGGAUCAUAUAUUCGAAGCGUAUGGUGCCACAACUCAUCCAGUCGACUGUCUACUGUACCGCAUCAUCUAUUUGCAUCAGGUUGCCAAUCCCGACUUGACCGAGUCACGCAUUGGUCGUUGGGGAUCAAACUACUCUGACAACAUGAGCUUCAACAACAUGUUGAUUACCAACACAUUGUUCAAUGACAAGCUGUUGGAAGCCAGUGUGCAACGCUUCCCAAUGGAAGCCAAGGCCGACAUGACCCAGGAGCUGCCCCUCCUCAACCUGGACAUCUAUACUCAGAGUUUGACCACACAGACCUUCAAGUACGACCCGGCCUUCCUCCUGCGUCUGUUCAAGUCGUUGUUGGCCACUGCCAGCGAAGACUCGCUCAAUCGUGGAGCAUUCUACACCAAUGGUCCAUUGGCAUUCACUCUGUCGGCACUCUCGUCACAGGAUAAACCGAUCAGAAAGCUUGCACACAAUGUGUUGGAGCGAUUCACUCUGUUGCUUGACCAAUGGAAGACUGCAAGUCGUACAGCCAAGGACCAGCUUCGUGUUCUAAAGGUCAUCAAGCAUAGUCUAAAGUCCAAGGAUCAACAUGUACCUCCACUCUACACAAUGUUCUUGGUCAGGACCAUACCAUUGUUCUCCAAAGAUGCAUCCAUUCAUCCAGUUCUCCGUUUUGAGAUAUUGACCUACUUCCAGAAUAUCCAAAAGAUGGACUUUGGUUCAAUCCCAUUCAUUAGCAACCUUGCAGAGUUCACCAAGAGCAAGUUCAUUUAUUGGAUAUUGGAUACAAUCAAUCAAUCAUUGCCAGAUAGCUCGAGCGAAUAUAUUAUCAAGAAGAAAUUGAAGUUGGCAGAUUUGUUAUCAUUCUUUGAUAGCCAAACGACAAAGACAAAGAUGAAGUUAAAGAUUAUCGAUCUGUUGACAUCUUUGGCAAAGUCUGGUGCAAUGAUAUUGGUCAACAAUGGAUUGUUGCCAUGGAUGACAAACAUCAUCUCCAACGGCAGUAUCUCCAAGCAGGUGUUCCAGUCCAUCCUAUCAUUGCUUCAAGUCACCCUUGAGAACAUCCCAUCCUACUGCAAGGACUUCUCUGAGGCCACAUCCAUCUGUUUCUACCUCUUGGACUAUAUUCUGUCCAUCGAUUGGGUCAAGAAUAGCAAUGAGUUUAUGGACAUUAUCAUGUCGAGUACAGAGAUUGGUGGCCAAGUUGGAAUCAGUGCCACAAGCCAACACUGA